UGCAGUGGCAACCUGAUCUGAGGCAAAGUGCACAAAUCUACAAACUGUGCUGCUUCUCUGGGGGUAUGACGGACACAGAGAAGGAAGCAUGUGCUGUUGAUAAAGGCUUGAUUCUGCUAAAUCAGGAAGUGAGUGGGGUAGAAACUUGUACUCCCGUGUGACCCUCUGUCCCUAUGAAGUAUCUGCUGACAUCUAGUGGCUUAGGGCUGCAGAGAUUUUAGGCACAAACUAUCAAUGGUUUUGGCAUAAGUGAUGGUAUUUUGACUAGUGAUUUUGUUUGCUGUGAGAGUUAUUCAGUACAGCCCUUGUGGUGUGACAUCAGCCAGGCAGCACUUCUUGCACUGAGAAUCUUCUGCAGCUGUUUCAGCAGGUCCUAGCUGUGAGUGCUAAGAAGACAUGAAAAUCAUUGUGAGAGAUCCAUCAGCUGUUUCGUCCUUGGAGCAGAGAUUGUUUAAAAUCAUUGAAAAGGAUAUUCCCUGUGCUCCUGAAUGCAGCACACAGGAUCAGCAUUCUUUGAACUUGGAACUCAUGGCAUUGUGCUUGAAGAAUCUAGAAGAGAGAAAAGAGGAAGAAGAUGGCAACAGAAAGAGCAUAGAGCAGGCAGUAAAUGAUGUGAAGGCACAUGCUGAUAUGAUUAAACGACAGCUGUCAGAAAAAAUGACUGAGCUUCAGUUACUUCUUCGGGAGGAAGAGAGUCUGGCAAAAAUCUUCAUUGAUGAAAAGACUCAGCAAGCUCUGGGAACACAUGAUCAGCAUUUGAGGUCCUGUGAAGAACAGCUGGAAGCCCUUGAGACCUUCACACAUCGAAUCAGACAAAUACAACAGGACAGUGAUCCUAUUAAUUUGCUGGAGAAGUACACAGAAAUUGAGAAGGAAAUUAAGGAAUCCAGACGCCCAUUAGAAAAGUGGCAUCCAAUACCACUCUCGUUUGAACACUUACUUAACCAUUAUAAACAGUUCAUCAGAGCUCUGCAGUCCAUUCUACAGAAACCAUUGGAUGCCCGGCUUAAAGAAGAUAUUUUCAGUAGCCUUAAUCCCACUGCAAAGAAGGAGCCUGGGACAGUGCUGAAAACCAUGACUCCUGUUGAUCGGUUGCUUUUCUUAAAACAUGCAAGAUCACCAACCUGGGAACAUGACAGCAUUCACCCAAGACUGAAAUUGUCAGAAGACCGUCUUGAAGUAAGCUGUAGCUGGAGGAGAAUACUCUACCCCUGUAGUCCCAAGAGAUUCGAUAAAUUAUGGCAAGUGCUAAGCAGAGAUGCAUUCCUUUCUGGGAGCCAUUACUGGGAAGUUGACCUGCGUUGUGCUGGAGAGGGAUGGUGGAUUGGUGCAGCCUACCCAACCAUUGGCAGGAAAGGAGACUCUGAAGCCUGUCGACUGGGCUGGAAUAGAGCAUCUUGGUGCCUUAAGAAAUUUGAUUUUGAAUACUGGGCAUUUCACAAGGGAGAGAGAAUCCCCAUCCUGGUAGAAGAUGAUCCUGAUUGCAUUGGCAUUUUUCUAGAUUAUGAAGCAGGAAUCCUUUCAUUCUACAACGUUAGCGAUGGCAUGGCUCAUUUGCACACCUUCUGCUGCAAGUUCACAGAACCAGUUUAUCCAGCCCUGAGACUCUGGGAAGGGUCCAUUAGAACAUGCAAACUAACAUAAGAAACAAAGCCUACUAGUUCAUGCUUUUUCUGCUAAUGCCAUUUCAGCAAUUUUCUACAUGAAUUCAUCUCUGUUGUAUCAAAGUUGUAAUUAUGAUGCUUUUAGAAGGUAACAUAAGUUUAGGAAAACCAACUGUGAUUUUUAAUGUGAAUGAAGGAAGGUGACCUCACUUUUAUAAAUUAUGUUGAUAUACCACUCAAAGUGCAGCAUAUAGUAUUAUUGUGCUUUUUUCAAAUUGUAACAGUAAGUUCAAGAAAAUCAACUGUAUUUUUUUAAUGUAUAUGUGUUUUUCAAUGGGAAAGAUUAUUUGACUUAUAAAUGGUGUUGCUGUACCACCUGAA